AUGGCAGCCACCCUCACUUUCGUAGCCCCCGCUCCUUUCGCCGACCCCCUCGCCCCUCCACCCUCACAAGACUUCCAGAACGCCCCAUCUAAUGGCGUGCCCAACGUCUUCGUUAUCCCUCCAGAAGAGGAGCACCAGUACAACCCGCCUUUCCUCUUCUUCGACGCCACCGAGGCCCGUCGCACCUCCCUCAGCACCCUCCCCGACCCCGACGCACUCCACGCCCAGCUCGGGCUCUUCCAGCAGACCGACAACCGCUCGCCCUCCUUCGGCCGCGGUCGCGGCAAGGGCCUCAACUUCUCCUUCCUCAACGGCUCGCAGGACACGGUCGUCAUGCCCCGCCGCGCGCCGAGCCUCGUCAAGCUCGCGGACAUGCACAUGGACGUCGACGAGGAGGCGCUCGAGGCCGAGGACGGCCUCCCGGACAUCCGCUCCCGCAGGCGCGGUGGGGGUGCUGUGGGCGGGACGGGGAAGAUGAAGAAGUCGAUCACUUUCCGCGCGCGGGCGUCCCAGGCGCUCCGCUCUAUCAAGCUGAACGUCGGCGGCGGAAAGGCGGCGGCGCGCAGGGAGACCGUCAGCGAGCAGGUUUCGCCAUCAGCAGCGUCGCCGACGAUCCAGGCCACCACUCUGCCGCUGCGGGGGACGUUUGAGGAUGUGGCGCGGUCACCCGCGGAGCCGGCUUCGAGUACCAAGUCACCGACCAUCUCGCGGAGACGGUCUGUCACGCUCUCGCAGCUGUUUACGAGCUUCAAGGAGAACCAAGGGGCGCGCCCCGAGACACCGUCGGACGACCCCAUGUCGCCCACUUCGCCCACCCUCGUCAACUCCGAAUCGAGCUCUAUCCGCCCAGUGUCUCCCACCGAGUCUCUUGCAUCAAACGCGCGAUGCCUACACACAUCCCCGUCUUUCGAAGACUAUGACAGGACACCGACGAGGCCGUCGACCCUCGGGGCCCGCUCAUUGAACGUUUUGAAUGUGGAUGAAUCCGCGAAGCCGACACUGUCCAAGCGCAAGUCUUUCCGCCGUCGCCUCUCGGUCCUCGAGCUCCAAAAGCUGUUCAGGUCGAGCGGCUCGAAUCCGAAUGUGGCGCCCCCGCAGGAUGGUGCUGAUGACGUAUUCUCGCCCUCUCGGCCACGCUCAAGAUCAGUGGAUAUACUCUCAACCUCCUCAACACGGUCUACCUCUUUAAGCAUGGGCGAGCUAGCGUCCCGUCCUUUGAACGCGUCGCGUGUCAACAGUCCGGCGGCUGACGAACCUGAGGACGACGACGACGACGACCUCGAAAUGCGGCUCGACUCGCUGCAUUUCGACUCAUUGCAUUUCGACCCGGAGGAAAUUAUGAGCUCAGUCUGA